CUGCCGCGAUGGAUUAUACCCUGGAACCCAAUGUCACCAUGACCGACUACUACCCUGAUGUCUUCACCGUCCCCUGUGACACAGAGCUCCUCCUCAGAGGCGGCAGGUUGCACCUUGCCAUCUUCUACUGCAUCUUGUUUGUGCUGGGCCUUCUGGGAAACAGCCUGGUCAUCCUGGUCCUUGUGGCCUGCAAGAGGCUGAGGAGUAUUACAGACAUCUACCUCCUGAACCUGGCCAUUUCUGACCUGCUUUUUGUCUUCUCGUCCCCCUUUCAGACUCACUACCUGCUGGACCAGUGGGUGUUUGGGGCGGUCAUGUGUAAAGUGGUCUCUGGCUUUUAUUAUAUUGGCUUUUUCAGCAGCAUGUUCUUCAUCACCCUCAUGAGUGUGGACAGGUACCUGGCUAUCGUCCAUGCUGUCUAUGCCAUCAAAGUGAGGACAGCCAGAGUGGGCACAGCCCUGAGCCUGGUGGUGUGGCUGAUUGCCAUCACGGCCGCCAUUCCAAUGCUGGUAUUUUAUCAAGUGGCCUCUGACGAUGGUAUUCUACAAUGUUUCCCAUUUUAUGACAAUCAGUCUUUGAGGUGGAAGCUCUCUGCUCACUUUGAAGUGAACACCUUGGGCCUGCUGCUCCCCUUUGCCAUCCUUCUGUUCUGCUACACCAAGAUCCUGCACCAGCUGCGGGGCUGCCAGAACCACAACAGGACCAGGGCUGUCAAGCUGGUGCUCAUUGUGGUCAUUGUCUCUUUACUCUUCUGGGUCCCCUUCAACGUGGUCCUUUUCCUCACGUCCCUGCAUGACAUGCACGUCUUGGAUGGAUGUGCCAUGAGCCAGAGGCUGGCUCUGGCCACCCAUGUCACGGAAGUCAUCUCUUUCACACACUGCUGUGUGAACCCUGUCAUCUAUGCCUUCAUAGGAGAGAAGUUCAAGAAGAACCUUGAAGAUGUGUUUCAAAAAAGUUGCAGCCAUAUCUUCCUCUACAUAGGGAGGCAAAUGCCAGUGGGAGCAUGGGAAAGGCAGCUGUCCUCACAUACCCGCUCUUCUCAUUCCUCCACCCUGGACUACAUCUUGUAGGAGGGAGUG